GGCCGGCAGCUUCCCAUUGCGGGUAGCCCAGGCGGUGGUAGCGGUGGUGGCGGCGGCAGUGGCGGCACCGCCUCCUCCUCACACUCCCGGGGUGGCGGGGUUAGAUGAGCGGCCCCAGUAGCGGCGAGGGCGGCGCGGGGGGGAGGAGGAGAAGAAGGAGGAGAAGAAGGAGGUCGCUGUCUUUGUAGUCUCCCUACUGCGGGAGCCGGAGGCCGCCGCUGGAGCAGUCGUCGUUGGAAAAGGACUGUGUGUGCGCGCGCGUGUCUGCCCGCCCGGCCCGCGGGGACGAGGCGGCGGCGGCGGCGAGGAUGAUGAUGUGCGCAGCGACUGCCUCCCCCGCCGCCGCCGCCUCCUCGGGGCUCGGCGGGGACGGAUUCUACCCAGCCGCCACCUUCUCUUCUUCCCCGGCGCCGGGGGCGCUGUUCAUGACGGUUCCCGACGGCUCCGUGGCUGCUGCGGGGCUGGGGCUGCCCGCCGCGGACUCCCGGGGUCACUACCAGCUGCUGCUGUCAGGCCGGGCCCUGGCCGACCGCUAUCGGAGGAUUUACACAGCUGCGCUCAAUGACAGGGACCAGGGGGUCGGCCUCGCUGGACACCCAGCCUCCAGGAAUAAGAAAAUUUUAAAUAAGAAGAAGUUGAAAAGAAAACAGAAGAGCAAAUCAAAAGUGAAGGCAAGAAGCAAGUCUGAAAACUUGGAGAAUACAGUAAUCAUACCAGAUAUCAAACUACAUAGCAAUCCUUCUGCUUUCAAUAUUUACUGUAAUGUACGUCAUUGCGUUCUGGAAUGGCAGAAAAAGGAAAUAUCGUUGGCAGCUGCAUCUAAGAACUCUGUGCAGAGUGGAGAAUCAGAUAGUGAUGAAGAAGAGGAAUCCAAAGAGCCCCCUAUCAAGCUUCCAAAGAUUAUUGAGGUUGGCCUUUGUGAAGUUUUUGAAUUGAUCAAGGAGACACGGUUUUCUCAUCCAUCCCUGUGUCUCAGGAGUCUCCAAGCCCUGCUCAACGUGCUACAGGGCCAGCAACCAGAAGGCCUCCAGUCUGAGCCACCCGAGGUCCUAGAGUCUCUCUUCCAGCUUCUUUUGGAAAUCACUGUUCGAAGUACUGGGAUGAAUGACAGCACAGGACAGUCCUUAACAGCACUUUCCUGCGCUUGCCUCUUUAGUCUGGUGGCUUCUUGGGGAGAAACAGGAAGGACACUUCAGGCCAUCUCUGCUAUCCUCACCAACAAUGGAAGCCAUGCUUGCCAAACUAUUCAGGUGCCAACAAUUCUAAAUUCGCUACAGAGAAGCGUACAAGCAGUUUUGGUGGGAAAAAUUCAAAUUCAAGACUGGUUUAGUAAUGGCAUUAAGAAAGCAGCUUUAAUGCACAAGUGGCCAUUAAAAGAAAUAUCUGUUGAUGAAGAUGACCAAUGUCUACUUCAGAAUGAUGGAUUUUUUCUUUAUCUGUUAUGCAAGGAUGGAUUAUAUAAAAUAGGCUCUGGAUACAGUGGAACAGUUAGGGGCCAUAUAUACAAUUCCACAUCCCGCAUCAGAAACAGAAAAGAAAAAAAGUCUUGGUUAGGGUAUGCUCAGGGUUAUUUAUUAUAUAGAGAUGUGAAUAACCACAGCAUGACAGCCAUAAGGAUAAGCCCUGAAACACUGGAGCAAGAUGGUACUGUAAUGUUACCAGAUUGCCACACUGAAGGUCAAAAUAUUUUAUUCACUGAUGGAGAAUAUAUUAAUCAGAUAGCUGCUUCAAGAGAUGAUGGCUUUGUUGUCAGAAUAUUUGCCACAAGCACUGAACCUGUUCUGCAACAAGAAUUACAACUUAAACUGGCCAGAAAAUGCUUACAUGCCUGUGGUAUCUCUUUAUUCGAUCUGGAAAAGGACUUGCAUAUUAUAAGUACAGGAUUUGAUGAGGAGUCAGCAAUUCUUGGUGCAGGACGAGAGUUUGCGCUAAUGAAAACAGCAAAUGGAAAGAUAUAUUACACUGGCAAAUACCAGAGUCUUGGAAUCAAACAAGGUGGUCCUUCUGCAGGAAAAUGGGUUGAGCUACCAAUUACAAAAUCUCCAAAGAUAGUACACUUCUCAGUUGGACAUGAUGGCUCUCAUGCCCUUUUAGUUGCAGAAGAUGGGAGCAUAUUCUUUACGGGAUCUGCUAGUAAAGGAGAAGAUGGAGAAUCAACUAAGAGCAGACGGCAAUCAAAACCCUAUAAACCUAAAAAGAUCAUUAAGAUGGAAGGAAAGAUUGUGGUAUAUACAGCUUGCAAUAAUGGAAGUAGUUCUGUGAUUUCUAAAGAUGGAGAACUUUACAUGUUUGGAAAAGAUGCCAUUUACUCUGAUAGUUCAAGUUUGGUAACUGAUUUGAAGGGCCAUUUUGUAACUCAGGUAGCUAUGGGCAAAGCUCAUACUUGUGUUUUAAUGAAGAAUGGAGAAGUGUGGACAUUUGGUGUAAAUAAUAAAGGACAGUGUGGACGAGACACUGGUGCCAUGAACCAAGGUGGGAAAGGGUUUGGAGUUGAAAAUAUGGCGACAGCAAUGGAUGAAGACCUAGAAGAAGAACUAGAUGAAAAAGAUGAGAAGUCCAUGAUGUGCCCUCCAGGCAUGCACAAAUGGAAGCUGGAGCAGUGCAUGGUUUGCACUGUCUGUGGAGACUGUACAGGUUAUGGAGCCAGCUGUGUCAGUAGUGGACGGCCAGACAGAGUCCCCGGGGGGAUCUGUGGUUGUGGUUCUGGAGAAUCUGGUUGUGCUGUGUGUGGAUGUUGCAAGGCUUGUGCAAGAGAAUUGGAUGGUCAAGAGGCAAGACAAAGAGGAAUUCUUGAUGCAGUGAAAGAAAUGAUACCUUUAGAUCUUCUUUUAGCUGUCCCAGUGCCUGGGGUUAACAUUGAAGAACACCUUCAGUUACGACAAGAAGAAAAACGGCAACGUGUAAUCAGAAGACACAGAUUAGAGGAAGGAAGAGGCCCCCUUGUAUUUGCUGGUCCUAUUUUUAUGAACCAUCGAGAACAGGCUCUAGCCAGACUCAGAUCCCAUCCAGCACAGCUAAAGCAUAAACGGGACAAGCACAAAGAUGGAAGUGGAGAAAGAGGAGAAAAGGAUGCAAGCAAAAUCACAACGUACCCUCCAGGCUCUGUGCGAUUUGACUGUGAGCUCCGGGCAGUCCAAGUCAGCUGUGGAUUUCACCAUUCAGUGGUUUUAAUGGAAAACGGAGAUGUCUAUACAUUUGGUUAUGGGCAGCAUGGGCAGCUAGGACAUGGAGAUGUCAACUCCAGGGGAUGUCCCACACUUGUUCAAGCAUUGCCAGGCCCUAGCACACAAGUCACUGCAGGCAGCAACCAUACGGCAGUACUUUUAAUGGAUGGACAGGUCUUCACAUUUGGAAGUUUUUCUAAAGGACAACUGGGCAGACCAAUUUUGGAUGUGCCAUAUUGGAAUGCAAAGCCAGCUCCCAUGCCUAACAUUGGAUCAAAAUAUGGAAGAAAAGCUACUUGGAUAGGUGCAAGUGGGGACCAGACUUUCUUACGAAUUGAUGAAGCACUUAUUAAUUCUCAUGUACUUGCUACAUCAGAAAUUUUUGCCAGUAAACACAUAAUAGGCCUGGUACCUGCUUCUAUAUCAGAACCUCCUCCAUUUAAAUGCCUUCUGAUAAAUAAAGUAGAUGGGAGUUGUAAAACUUUUAAUGACUCAGAACAAGAGGAUCUGCAAGGAUUUGGUGUGUGUCUUGAUCCUGUUUAUGAUGUAAUUUGGAGGUUUCGACCAAAUACUAGAGAACUGUGGUGUUACAAUGCAGUGGUGGCUGAUGCCAGACUUCCCUCUGCAGCAGACAUGCAGUCCAGAUGUAGUAUUCUAAGUCCUGAGCUUGCCUUACCAACAGGAUCAAGGGCACUCACUACUCGAUCUCAUGCAGCUUUGCACAUUUUAGGUUGUCUUGAUACCUUGGCUGCUAUGCAGGAUUUAAAAAUGGGUGUUGCAAGUACAGAGGAAGAGACUCAAGCAGUAAUGAAGGUUUAUUCUAAAGAAGAUUACAGUGUGGUAAACAGGUUUGAAAGUCAUGGAGGAGGCUGGGGUUAUUCUGCCCAUUCGGUAGAAGCUAUACGUUUUAGUGCCGACACUGAUAUUUUACUUGGUGGUCUUGGUCUGUUUGGAGGUAGAGGAGAAUAUACUGCUAAAAUUAAGCUAUUUGAAUUGGGUCCUGAUGGAGGAGAUCAUGAAACUGAUGGUGACCUUCUUGCAGAGACUGAUGUAUUGGCUUAUGACUGUGCUGCUAGACGAAGUCUCACUCUGUCACCCAGGCUGGAGUGCAGUGGCGCAAUCUCGGCUCCCUGCACCCUCCACCUCCUAGGUUCAAGUGAAUUCUCCUGCCUCAGCCUCUCAAGUAGCUGGAACUACAGAGAAAAAUAUGCAAUGAUGUUUGAUGAGCCUGUUCUCCUGCAAGCUGGGUGGUGGUAUGUAGCAUGGGCCCGAGUGUCAGGACCCAGCAGUGACUGUGGAUCUCAUGGACAGGCGUCUAUUACCACAGAUGAUGGGGUUGUUUUCCAGUUCAAGAGUUCAAAGAAAUCAAAUAAUGGUACAGAUGUUAAUGCUGGUCAGAUACCUCAGUUAUUAUACAGACUUCCAACCAGUGAUGGCAGUGCUUCAAAAGGCAAGCAGCAAACCAGUGAACCAGUACACAUUUUAAAGAGGUCAUUUGCAAGAACUGUCUCAGUGGAAUGUUUUGAGUCAUUGUUGAGUAUUCUUCACUGGAGCUGGACCACCUUAGUCUUAGGAGUUGAAGAACUUAGAGGAUUAAAAGGAUUCCAGUUCACAGCUACACUUCUAGAUUUAGAGAGACUGCGCUUUGUGGGUACCUGUUGUCUGAGGUUAUUGCGUGUCUAUACCUGUGAAAUUUACCCAGUGUCAGCUACAGGAAAGGCAGUUGUAGAAGAAACAAGCAAAUUAGCAGAGUGUAUUGGAAAAACCAGAACUUUGUUAAGAAAAAUUUUAUCAGAAGGAGUUGAUCACUGCAUGGUGAAAUUGGAUAAUGAUCCUCAAGGAUAUCUCAGUCAACCCUUGAGUCUCCUAGAAGCUGUCCUUCAGGAGUGUCAUAAUACUUUCACCGCCUGCUUUCAUUCUUUCUACCCAACUCCUGCCUUACAAUGGGCUUGCCUUUGUGAUCUGCUGAAUUGUUUGGAUCAGGAUAUCCAAGAAGCAAACUUCAAGACAUCAAGUAGCCGACUCCUUGCAGCCGUUAUGUCAGCUCUGUGUCACACGUCUGUUAAGCUGACUUCCAUCUUCCCGAUUGCAUAUGAUGGAGAAGUACUGCUACGAUCAAUUGUUAAACAAGUUAGCACAGAGAACGACUCAACAUUAGUUCAUCGUUUUCCCCUUUUGGUGGCACAUAUGGAAAAACUCAGCCAGAGUGAAGAGAAUAUCUCAGGGAUGACAAGCUUCCGUGAAGUUCUGGAGAAAAUGCUGGUCAUUGUUGUGCUACCAGUCAGGAACAGCCUGAGGAGAGAAAAUGAACUCUUCUCCUCCCACCUUGUCUCUAACACCUGUGGAUUACUGGCCAGCAUUGUCAGUGAACUUACAGCGUCAGCCCUGGGAUCUGAGGUUGAUGGACUUAAUUCUCUUCACUCUGUAAAAGCUAGCGCUAACCGAUUUACAAAAACAAGUCAGGGCAGAAGUUGGAACACUGGGAACGGGUCCCCUGAUGCAAUCUGUUUUUCAGUAGACAAACCUGGAGUAGUUGUGGUUGGUUUCUCUGUCUAUGGAGGAGGUGGAAUUCAUGAAUAUGAAUUAGAAGUGUUGGUUGAUGAUAGUGAACAUGCAGGAGAUUCAACUCAUUCCCACAGAUGGACAUCUCUGGAAUUAGUUAAAGGAACUUACACAACAGAUGACUCACCCAGUGAUAUAGCUGAAAUCAGACUUGACAAAGUGGUUCCUUUAAAGGAAAAUGUUAAAUAUGCUGUGCGCUUGAGGAACUAUGGAAGCCGUACAGCCAACGGAGAUGGGGGAAUGACCACCGUUCAGUGCCCUGAUGGUGUGACGUUCACAUUCAGCACAUGCAGCUUGAGCAGUAACGGCACAAACCAAACCAGAGGACAGAUCCCACAGAUACUCUACUAUAGGAGUGAAUUUGAUGGAGAUUUACAAUCCCAACUUCUGAGUAAAGCCAAUGAAGAAGAUAAAAACUGUAGCAGAGCGCUGUCGGUGGUAAGCACUGUGGUUCGGGCCUCAAAGGACCUCCUGCACAGAGCUCUUGCUGUGGAUGCUGAUGACAUUCCAGAACUACUUAGUUCUUCCAGCCUGUUUUCCAUGCUGCUUCCUCUUAUUAUAGCAUACAUAGGACCAGUAGCUGCUGCUAUUCCCAAGGUGGCUGUAGAAGUCUUUGGCCUUGUGCAACAAUUGCUUCCAUCAGUUGCCAUUUUGAAUCAGAAGUAUGCACCCCCUGCCUUCAACCCUAAUCAGUCAACAGAUAGCACCACAGGAAACCAGCCUGAACAGGGUCUCUCUGCUUGUACAACCUCCAGUCACUAUGCUGUCAUAGAGAGUGAGCACCCAUAUAAACCUGCCUGUGUGAUGCACUACAAGGUGACAUUCCCAGAAUGUGUAAGGUGGAUGACAAUAGAAUUCGACCCUCAGUGUGGCACUGCACAGUCAGAAGAUGUCCUUCGUUUGUUGAUUCCUGUCAGAACUGUUCAGAAUUCAGGAUAUGGACCGAAAUUGACAUCUGUUCAUGAAAAUCUUAAUUCAUGGAUAGAAUUAAAGAAAUUUUCAGGAUCCUCUGGGUGGCCUACUAUGGUUUUGGUGUUGCCAGGAAAUGAGGCCCUUUUUUCAUUGGAAACUGCAUCAGAUUAUGUGAAAGAUGACAAAGCUUCUUUCUAUGGUUUUAAGUGUUUUGCAAUUGGAUAUGAAUUUAGCCCUGGACCUGAUGAGGGAGUCAUCCAGUUGGAAAAAGAAUUAGCCAAUCUUGGUGGGGUUUGUGCGGCAGCUCUGAUGAAGAAGGACCUAGCACUUCCUAUUGGUAACGAAUUAGAGGAAGAUCUUGAAAUUCUCGAGGAGGCUGCAUUACAGGUGUGCAAAACCCAUUCUGGCAUUCUUGGAAGGGGUUUAGCUCUUUCUCAUUCACCAACUAUAUUAGAAGCACUUGAGGGAAGUUUACCACUCCAAAUCCAAAGCAAUGAACAGUCUUUUCUGGAUGAUUUUAUUGCCUGUGUCCCAGGAUCAAGUGGUGGAAGGCUUGCAAGGUGGCUUCAGCCAGAUUCAUAUGCUGAUCCUCAGAAAACAUCUUUGAUCCUGAAUAAAGAUGAUAUUCGUUGUGGUUGGCCUACCACCAUAACCGUUCAAACGAAAGACCAGUAUGGGGAUGUGGUACAUGUUCCCAAUAUGAAGGUGGAAGUGAAAGCUGUCCCUGUUUCUCAGAAAAAAACGUCUUUACAGCAAGAUCAAGUAAAGAAACCUCAAAGGAUUCCUGGCAGUCCUGCAGUAACAACUGCACCUCCUAAUACUGACAUGACUUUUGGAGGGCUGGCAUCACCAAAGCUAGAUGUUUCAUAUGAACCAAUGAUAGUGAAGGAAGCUCGAUAUAUUGCCAUUACAAUGAUGAAGGUUUAUGAAAAUUAUUCAUUUGAAGAACUACGUUUUGCAUCACCAACUCCUAAGAGACCCAGUGAGAAUAUGCUGAUCCGUGUCAAUAAUGAUGGGACUUACUGUGCAAAUUGGACUCCAGGGGCUAUUGGACUCUACACUAUUCAUGUUACCAUUGAUGGCAUUGAAAUUGAUGCUGGUCUGGAAGUAAAAGUAAAAGACCCACCAAAAGGGAUGAUACCACCAGGAACUCAGCUGGUCAAACCAAAGACUGAACCUCAGCCUAAUAAGGUCCGAAAAUUUGUGGCCAAGGACAGUGCAGGGCUUCGCAUCCGUAGCCACCCUUCCUUGCAGAGUGAGCAGAUAGGCAUAGUGAAAGUCAAUGGAACUAUCACUUUUAUUGAUGAGAUCCAUAAUGAUGAUGGUGUGUGGCUAAGGCUGAAUGAUGAGACAAUAAAGAAGUAUGUGCCUAACAUGAAUGGUUACACUGAAGCCUGGUGCCUGUCUUUUAAUCAACAUCUUGGCAAGAGUCUUCUGGUCCCUGUUGACAAUAUCUUUAAUGCUAGCCAAGGAGUCAGGGAUUUGGACGUAUUUUCAUGGACUUCCAAAGCUUUUUUCCCUCAGGAAUCUAAAACUAAUACUGAUGACUUUUUCAAAGACAUAAACUCCUGCUGCCCACAGGAAGCAACAAUGCAAGAACAAGAUAUGCCAUUUUUGCGAGGAGGGCCAGGCAUGUACAAGGUAGUGAAGACGGGACCUUCAGGUCACAACAUCAGAAGCUGCCCUAACCUUAGAGGUAUCCCAAUUGGAAUGUUAGUUCUGGGAAACAAAGUCAAAGCAGUGGGAGAGGUAACCAAUUCUGAAGGGACGUGGGUGCAACUGGAUCAGAACAGCAUGGUAGAGUUCUGUGAGAGUGAUGAAGGAGAGGCAUGGUCCUUAGCUAGAGACAGAGGCGGAAACCAGUACCUCCGACAUGAAGAUGAACAAGUUCUUCUGGAUCAGAAUUCUCAAACUCCUCCUCCAAGCCCUUUCUCAGUGCAAGCUUUUAAUAAAGGGGCAAGUUGCAGUGCCCAAGGAUUUGAUUAUGGACUCGGAAAUAACAAAGUUUUGACUGUUUUACCUACUGCAGGUGACCAACUGAGUGCCAUAUUGAAUUCCAUUCAGUCACGACCCAAUCUCCCAGCUCCUUCCAUCUUUGAUCAAGCUGCAAAACCUCCCUCUUCCCUAGUACACAGCCCAUUUGUGUUCGGACAGCCCCUUUCCUUCCAGCAGCCUCAGCUUCAGAAAUCUCCAUCUCGCAACCUUGCUUCUCGUGAGCGCAUUUACAAAAAUUAUGGUGUAGCUGGGCCUGCCUCUGCUCUCUCAUCUCUGUCUCACAAACUGAAGGGUGAUCGAGGAAACAUCUCAACAUCUUCUAGACCAGCCUCUACAUCAGGAAAAUCAGAGCUGUCCUCUAAACACAGCAGAUCACUUAAACCUGAUGGACGUAUGAGCCGGACUACUGCUGAUCAGAAGAAGCCAAGGGGCACAGAAGGUUUAUCUGCUAGUGAAUCCCUCAUCUUAAAAUCUGAUGCUGCAAAGUUGAGGUCAGAUUCCCACAGUAGGUCACUGUCCCCCAACCAUAACACCUUGCAGACAUUGAAAUCUGAUGGGAGGAUGUCUUCUAGCUCCAGAGCUGAAUCCCCAGGACCAGGUUCUCGCUUGUCAUCUCCUAAGCCAAAGACUCUCCCAGCCAAUAGGUCUAGCCCAUCCGGUGCUAGUUCUCCACGCUCCUCCUCACCACAUGAUAAAAAUCUACCUCAAAAAAGCACUGCUCCUGUUAAGACAAAACUUGAUCCUCCUCGUGAACGUUCCAAAUCAGACUCUUAUACACUUGAUCCAGAUACCCUCCGCAAGAAGAAAAUGCCCCUCACAGAACCUUUGAGGGGACGGUCAACGUCACCAAAACCAAAAUCAGUACCAAAGGAUUCUAAAGAUUCCCCUGGAUCUGAAAAUAGAGCUCCCUCUCCCCAUGUGGUACAGGAAAACCUCCACAGUGAGGUGGUCGAAGUCUGCACCUCAAGUACGUUAAAAACAAAUAGUCUAACAGACAGCACCUGUGAUGACAGCAGUGAAUUUAAGAGUGUGGAUGAAGGUUCAAAUAAAGUUCAUUUUAGCAUUGGAAAAGCACCGCUGAAAGAUGAACAGGAAAUGAGAGCAUCCCCCAAAAUAAGUCGGAAAUGUGCAAAUAGACACACCAGGCCCAAAAAAGAAAAGUCAAGUUUUCUCUUCAAAGGAGAGGGAUCCAAGCCUUUAGAACCAGCGAAGCAAGCUAUGUCUCCUUCUGUGGCCGAAUGUGCCAGAGCCGUGUUCGCAUCGUUCCUCUGGCAUGAAGGCAUAGUACAUGAUGCAAUGGCUUGUUCUUCUUUCCUGAAGUUCCAUCCUGAACUUUCCAAAGAGCAUGCUCCUAUAAGGAGUAGUUUAAAUAGCCAACAGCCUACAGAGGAAAAAGAAACCAAGUUAAAAAAUAGACACUCAUUAGAAAUAUCAUCUGCACUGAAUAUGUUUAAUAUUGCACCCCAUGGACCAGAUAUAUCUAAGAUGGGUAGUAUCAACAAAAACAAGGUGUUGUCCAUGCUUAAGGAACCACCUCUGCAUGAAAAAUGUGAGGAUGGGAAAACCGAGAGCACUUUUGAAAUGUCCAUGCAUCAUACAAUGAAGUCUAAAUCUCCUCUUCCCUUAACUUUGCAACAUUUAGUGGCUUUUUGGGAAGACAUCUCUUUGGCUACUAUCAAAGCUGCUUCCCAGAAUAUGAUUUUUCCAAGUCCUGGUUCCUGUGCAGUUCUUAAAAAGAAAGAAUGUGAGAAAGAGAAUAAGAAGGCCAAAAAGGAAAAAAAGAAAAAAGAAAAGGCAGAAGUUAGGCCCAGGGGUAAUUUGUUUGGAGAGAUGGCCCAGCUGGCAGUGGGAGGACCAGAGAAAGAUACCAUCUGUGAACUCUGUGGGGAGUCACAUCCGUACCCGGUGACCUAUCACAUGAGACAAGCCCACCCAGGUUGUGGCCGGUAUGCUGGUGGACAAGGAUAUAAUAGUAUUGGGCAUUUUUGUGGAGGAUGGGCUGGUAACUGUGGUGAUGGUGGCAUAGGAGGAAGCACGUGGUACCUGGUAUGUGAUCGUUGUAGAGAAAAAUACCUCCGUGAAAAACAGGCUGCUGCAAGGGAGAAGGUCAAACAAUCCAGGAGGAAACCAAUGCAAGUCAAGACCCCCCGUGCCUUGCCCACCAUGGAAGCUCACCAAGUGAUUAAAGCCAACGCACUCUUCCUGCUGUCCCUGAGCAGCGCAGCAGAACCAAGCAUUCUGUGUUACCAUCCUGCAAAGCCGUUCCAAUCUCAGUUGCCCAGCGUGAAAGAAGGCAUUUCUGAGGAUCUGCCUGUGAAAAUGCCCUGUCUCUACCUGCAGACAUUAGCUAGGCAUCAUCAUGAAAAUUUUGUGGGCUAUCAAGAUGACAACCUAUUCCAGGAUGAAAUGAGAUAUCUACGUUCAACAUCUGUACCUGCCCCGUAUAUAUCAGUAACUCCUGAUGCAAGUCCUAACGUAUUUGAGGAGCCAGAGAGCAAUAUGAAGUCUAUGCCACCAAGUUUAGAAACCAGUCCCAUAACUGAUACUGAUCUUGCAAAGAGAACUGUCUUCCAAAGAUCAUACUCAGUUGUUGCUUCUGAAUAUGAUAAACAGCACUCCAUUUUACCUGCACGAGUUAAAGCCAUUCCUAGAAGAAGAGUUAACAGUGGAGACACUGAAGUUGGUUCUUCCCUCUUGAGACAUCCGUCUCCUGAGCUUUCUCGGCUAAUCUCAGCCCACAGCUCUCUUUCUAAAGGAGAACGAAAUUUCCAGUGGCCAGUUUUAGCUUUUGUUAUACAACAUCAUGAUCUAGAAGGUCUUGAAAUAGCAAUGAAACAGGCCCUAAGGAAAUCUGCUUGUCGAGUUUUUGCUAUGGAGGCUUUCAACUGGCUUCUGUGUAAUGUCAUCCAAACCACGUCUCUCCAUGAUAUUCUGUGGCAUUUUGUGGCAUCACUGACUCCUGCACCAGUGGAACCAGAGGAAGAAGAAGAUGAAGAAAACAAAACAAACAAAGAAAAUUCAGAACAAGAGAAAGACACAAGAGUGUGUGAACAUCCGCUGUCCGACAUAGUGAUUGCCGGGGAAGCUGCUCAUCCUUUACCGCAUACCUUUCACCGCUUGCUUCAGACCAUCUCAGACCUUAUGAUGUCUCUCCCCAGUGGCAGCUCAUUACAGCAAAUGGCCCUGAGGUGCUGGAGUCUCAAAUUCAAGCAAUCUGAUCACCAGUUCCUUCAUCAGAGCAAUGUCUUUCAUCACAUUAACAAUAUUUUGUCAAAAUCAGAUGAUGGCGAUAGUGAAGAGAGUUUUAGCAUCAGUAUACAAUCUGGCUUUGAAGCUAUGAGUCAGGAAUUAUGCAUAGUAAUGUGCUUAAAGGACUUAACCAGCAUUGUUGACAUAAAAACAUCAAGCCGACCUGCCAUGAUUGGCAGUUUGACAGAUGGCUCCACAGAAACCUUUUGGGAAUCAGGAGAUGAAGAUAAAAACAAAACUAAGAACAUCACCAUCAACUGUGUAAAAGGAAUCAAUGCUCGCUAUGUGUCUGUUCACGUGGACAAUUCCCGAGAUCUUGGGAAUAAAGUUACCUCAAUGACCUUCUUAACUGGCAAAGCAGUAGAAGAUUUGUGCAGAAUAAAGCAGGUUGAUCUAGAUUCCAGGCACAUUGGCUGGGUAACAAGUGAACUUCCAGGAGGGGAUAAUCACAUCAUCAAAAUUGAAUUAAAAGGCCCAGAAAAUACACUGAGAGUUCGACAAGUCAAAGUCCUGGGCUGGAAAGAUGGUGAAAGCACAAAAAUAGCUGGCCAGAUUUCAGCCAGUGUGGCCCAACAGCGGAACUGUGAAGCUGAGACUCUGCGAGUAUUCAGACUUAUUACGUCUCAAGUAUUUGGAAAGCUCAUCUCCGGCGAUGCUGAACCUACACCAGAACAAGAGGAAAAAGCCCUAUUGUCAUCACCUGAAGGAGAAGAAAAAGUAUACAAUGCAACAUCAGAUGCUGACCUGAAAGAACAUAUGGUUGGAAUCAUAUUCAGCAGGAGUAAGCUGACUAACUUACAAAAACAGGUGUGUGCUCAUAUUGUCCAAGCUAUUCGCAUGGAAGCUACACGAGUCCGUGAAGAAUGGGAGCAUGCUAUAUCAAGCAAAGAAAAUGCCAAUUCUCAGCCAAAUGAUGAAGAUGCCUCCUCUGAUGCCUACUGCUUUGAGCUGCUCUCUAUGGUUUUAGCUCUGAGUGGCUCUAACGUUGGCCGGCAGUAUCUAGCUCAACAGCUAACUCUGCUUCAGGAUCUCUUCUCGCUGCUUCACACAGCCUCACCCAGAGUCCAGAGACAGGUAACCUCUUUACUAAGAAGAGUUUUGCCUGAAGUAACCCCUAGUCGUCUGGCCAGCAUCAUAGGAGUGAAAUCCCUCCCCCCAGCAGAUAUCAGUGAUAUCAUUCACUCAACAGAGAAAGGAGACUGGAAUAAGCUGGGUAUCUUGGACAUGUUUCUAGGAUGCAUUGCCAAAGCACUCACUGUACAGCUUAAAGCCAAAGGAACCACCAUCACAGGAACAGCUGGUACCACUGUGGGCAAAGGAGUUACAACAGUUACUCUUCCAAUGAUUUUCAAUUCCAGUUAUCUCCGACGAGGUGAAAGUCAUUGGUGGAUGAAGGGCUCAACUCCUACCCAGAUCUCAGAGAUCAUCAUUAAGCUUAUCAAGGAUAUGGCAGCAGGUCAUCUCUCAGAAGCUUGGUCCCGAGUAACAAAAAAUGCUAUUGCAGAAACCAUCAUUGCCUUGACCAAGAUGGAAGAAGAAUUUAGGUCUCCAGUGAGAUGUAUUGCAACAACUAGACUCUGGCUUGCUCUAGCAUCCCUGUGUGUUCUUGAUCAGGACCACGUAGAUCGUCUCUCCUCGGGGAGAUGGAUGGGAAAGGAUGGACAACAAAAACAAAUGCCUAUGUGUGAUAACCAUGAUGAUGGUGAAACUGCAGCAAUCAUUUUAUGCAACGUCUGUGGAAAUUUAUGUACAGACUGUGACAGAUUCCUUCAUCUUCAUCGAAGAACCAAAACUCAUCAAAGACAGGUCUUCAAAGAAGAAGAAGAAGCUAUAAAAGUUGACCUACAUGAAGGUUGUGGUAGAACCAAAUUGUUCUGGUUGAUGGCACUAGCAGAUUCUAAAACAAUGAAGGCGAUGGUAGAAUUCCGAGAACACACAGGCAAACCCACCACAAGUAGCUCAGAAGCAUGUCGCUUCUGUGGUUCCAGGAGUGGAACAGAGUUAUCUGCUGUUGGCAGUGUUUGUUCUGAUGCAGAUUGCCAGGAAUAUGCCAAGAUAGCCUGUAGUAAGACGCAUCCUUGUGGCCAUCCAUGCGGGGGUGUUAAAAACGAAGAGCACUGUCUGCCCUGUCUACAUGGCUGUGAUAAAAGUGCCACAACCCUGAAGCAAGAUGCCGAUGACAUGUGCAUGAUAUGUUUCACUGAAGCGCUCUCGGCAGCACCAGCCAUUCAGCUGGAUUGUAGUCACGUAUUCCACUUACAGUGCUGUCGGCGAGUUUUAGAAAAUCGAUGGCUUGGCCCAAGGAUAACAUUUGGAUUUAUAUCUUGUCCCAUUUGCAAGAACAAAAUAAAUCACAUAGUACUAAAAGACCUACUUGAUCCAAUAAAAGAACUCUAUGAGGAUGUCAGAAGAAAAGCCUUAAUGAGAUUGGAAUAUGAAGGUCUGCAUAAGAGUGAAGCUAUCACAACUCCUGGUGUGAGGUUUUAUAAUGACCCAGCUGGCUAUGCAAUGAACAGAUAUGCAUAUUAUGUGUGCUACAAGUGCAGAAAGGCAUAUUUUGGUGGCGAAGCUCGCUGCGAUGCUGAGGCUGGACAGGGGGAUGAUUAUGAUCCCAGAGAGCUCAUUUGCGGUGCCUGUUCUGAUGUGUCCAGGGCUCAGAUGUGUCCCAAACAUGGCACAGACUUUUUGGAAUAUAAAUGUCGCUACUGCUGUUCAGUGGCUGUCUUUUUCUGUUUUGGAACAACACAUUUUUGUAAUGCUUGUCAUGAUGAUUUUCAAAGAAUGACUAGCAUUCCUAAGGAAGAACUACCACACUGUCCUGCAGGUCCCAAAGGCAAGCAGUUAGAAGGAACCGAAUGUCCACUCCAUGUCGUUCACCCACCCACUGGGGAAGAGUUUGCUCUGGGAUGUGGAGUGUGCAGAAAUGCCCACACUUUUUAGAAAACUCAGAUCCUUUGUCUACAGAGAGAAAAGUUGUCUUCAUCCCCCAUGAGGAUGCGGUGAGGUUAAAACUCUGCUCAGGAUAAGGACGGGACCAUUUUUACAUCCAUGAAAAUGAACCAUUCACAGUGCAAGAAGGAUGCCAAAUACUUUGUACAUAAUUCUUGCUAUGAAAAGUUUCUCCAUUAUUUUCGUUUAUCUUCUUUUGAACAGAUGACAUCAACCUUGUGAGGUGUUUGCAUGUGGCCAUUACCGUCAUUGGCCUGUGAAGCAUUGGACAUUUAUAGAUAAUUGAUAUAAAAGAAUCGCCAUGUCAGUGGACUAAGAAUGAUGCUGGCUUUCAAGCAAAAAAAGAAAAAUAAUCAUUGUUUAUUGUAUACUGCCUUUUUGUAAUCCUGUACAAUUGCAUCACAGGUGGGGAUAAAAAAGAGGAAUAUUCUGGAUUAUUUCCUAGACUGUUAUUUAAAAAAAAAUUGUGUUAGGACAGCAUACAAAUGUAAUAAGUAUCACACUGUAUAUAAAGAUAUCAAUGUUUGUCCUGUAUAAGAAUUACUAAAUUACAAAUGCAGUUUCAUUUAAACUUCUAGGUUAAGUUUGAGCCUGAAAUUUUAAUGAAGUGCAAUACUGAGUGUGCCUCAUUAUCUUGCAGCUGUAAACAUAUUGGAAUGUACAUGUCAAUAAACCCACUGUACAUUUUUAUACAGUGAUAAAGUCUA